CGAGCUCAGAACCAAGUACUGAAAAAAGGGGUGGUAGAUGAGCAAGCCAACUCUGCUUCUCUGAAGGAACAAUUGAAGAUGAAGGAUCAAUCACUGAGAAAACUGCAACAAGAGAUGGACAGCUUGACCUUUCGAAAUCAGCAACUUGCCAAGCGGGUGGAGUUACUUCAAGACGAACUUGCCUUAAGUGAAGCCAGGGGCAAGAAGAGCAAGAAAAGUGCAGAAUCCUCAUCUCAGUUGAGUCAAGAGCAGAAAAGUGUCUUCAAUGAAGAUCUUCAGAAGAAGAUAGAAGAGAAUGAACGACUGCAUAUACUUUUCUUCGAAGCAGAUGAGCAGCACAAACGUUUAGAAGCGGAGCUGAGAACGAAACUUGAGGUUUUGGAAACUGAUGCUGCCCAGCAUCAAGCUGUGGUGGACAGUUUAACGAGGAAGUACACAGAUGCCAUAGAAAAGCUGCAGAAUGAUAAAGCCAGCUUAGAAAUCAAGUCUCAGACACUAGAAAGAGAAGCUAAGGACUGUAGGCUUCGAACCGAAGAAUGCCAGCAACAGUUAAAGAGUCUACAAGCAGCUCUGGGCAGUAGACUGGAAGAAUCUCUGUGCAUAAUCAGGGAAAAAGUACCUUUUAAUGACACAAGAUCUAAUCGAUACAAUGCCCUGAAUGUACCGUUACACAACAGAAGAUAUCAGCUGAAGUUGCGAGACCUUGCUGGCCAGGCGCUUGCUUUUGUUCAAGAACUUGUAACAGCCCUUUUGAACUUCCACACGUACACCGAGCAGAAGGUACAGAUUUUUCCCGUUGAUUCUGCAACGGACACUAUAUCACCGUUGAAUCAGAAGUUCUCGCAGUAUCUCCAUGAAAACGCGUCGUACGUUCGCCCUCUGGAGGAAGGAAUGCUCCACUUGUUCGAGAGUAUUACGGAAGACACUGUGACAGUCCUGGAAACAGCUGUGCAGUUGAAGACCUUCUCAGAACAUUUAGCUUCAUACUUGUGCUUUUUAAGAAAGAUUCUUCCUUAUCAACUAAAAAGUUUGGAAGAAGAGUGUGAGUCUUCUCUUUGCACAGCUGCUUUAAGAGCUAGAAACAUGGAGCUCCACAGAGACAUGAAAAGGUUGACUGCAGUCUUUGAGAAGCUACAUACGUACGUUAGUCUUCUUGUGUUACCAAGUACAAAACCAGAAGGACUUCUUAGGGCAAAUUACAACUUGGUGUUUACAAACAUUGCUGCAAGUCUUCAUGGAUUUCAUGACAUUUUAAAAGAUAUUUCCAAGCACUACAGUCAGAAAGCUACUUUAGAACAAGACGUUCCAACUGCCACACAGAAACUCCUAACUACAAAUGACUGUAUCGUAUCCUCUGUUAUGGCUUUAACAAAUGGAGUGGGCAAGAUUGCCUCGUUCUUUAGCAACAACUUGGAUCACUUCACUACUUCGUUGAGCUAUGGCCCGAAGGGAGGAGCAGAGUUCAUCAGCCCUCUUUCAGCCGAGUGUAUGCUGCAGUACAAGAAAAAGGCGGUUGCCUACAUGAAGUCUUUGAAGAAGCCUUGUGCAGAUUCCGUGCCUUACGAAGAGGCUUUAGCCAAUCGCAGAGUUCUUCUGAGUUCCACAGAAAGUAGAGAAGGUCUUGCACAACAGGUCCAGCAGAGUUUGGAGAAAAUUUCAAAACUUGAACAAGAGAAAGAACACUGGAUGUUGGAGGCCCAGCUGGCUAAAAUAAAGCUAGAGAAAGAAAACCAGAAACUGAAGAACUCUCUUAGUGGACAUUUAACUGAAACUAUACAAGAACGUUCUGUUUUGCCAAAUGUAGCUGAACAAAAGAAGGAAACCACAGAAAAGAGUCCGAGGGAACCUAUUAAGAGUGCCAGUCUGAUUGGAAUGUUGACUGUAACUACUGAUAAUGAAAAGGCUCCAGAUGUCGAGUCUCGUGAAGACCUGAUAAAAACCCACUAUAUGGCAAGGAUAGCAGAACUCACGUCUCAUCUGCAGCUUGCCGACAGCAAAUCGGUACACUUCCAUGCUGAGUGUCGAGCACUUGCCAAAAGACUGUCUUUAGCAGAGAAAUCCAAGGAGUCGCUCACGGAAGAGUUGAAACUAGCCAGUCAAAACAUCAGUCGAUUACAGGACGAAUUGAUGACGACAAAGAGAAGUUACGAGGACCAGUUAAGUAUGAUGAGUGACCAUCUCUGCAGCAUGAAUGAAACCUUAACUAAACAAAGGGAAGAAAUCGAUACGCUGAAGAUGACCAGUAAGGGAAACUCUAAAAAGAACAAAAAUCGAUAGCUUACAGCUAAUCAACUGUCUUCGGAAGCUGCUGCUGCACAGGAUGCAGAUAGUGAACAUUCGUUGUCCAAUUCCUGUUUGUUCCAGGAAGCGGAGGGUGGUAUUGGGUCUGGUAAAAAAACCUGAUUUGGUGCUGUACAUGGCUUUAAAAUAUUUAGAACUUGUAACAGAUAAACCAGAACUUAAUGUUGGCUCUAAACCAGGAAAUACACACUCUGUGGAUAAUUUAUAUAGUAAUUACCUUCAGUUUUUACUGUGCACUUUUUAAAACCAGGUUUUAAUUUCAUGUAAUAACUUCAGGUUUUGUAUAUUUUCAAAUAUGAUUAUGCAUUAACAAAUUUGGAUCAGUGCAGUAGUUGUCUGGUUUUUGAGUUAUACCUUAAUUUGUCAACCUGUGUACAUUCCUUGUUGAUAACAGUUUAAAAACUAGUUUUGAGACUGUUGGCAAUGCAAGCUGUGCCAUUACCAUAAAUGUAUUAUUCCUGUUUUCAGCCCUUUUGAAUUAAUUGGAAUUGUGGCUUUAAAUGACUUCUAUAAAUUCACACAAGUAAAUGGGAUCAUGAUUUCAUUUUAAACUGCAGUAGUGGAAACUUUUGCUGCUUGUAUUUGGCACUUUGGAUUCUGAAGUAAAGAGCACAAAAAGCUGAAUUGGGAUACUUCCAUGGAAUUGCUUUAAGCCAUUUAAGCUUAGGCAUUUUGUUUACAUGUUUAUGUAUAUAUCUUGGUUGAAAUAGCUGCUCAAAGCUAGCAGAAAUUGUGAUCGUAAUUUGCCCCGAAAGAGUGAAACAAUGUGUGUAGAAUAGACAAGCUUGCUGUGCUCUCUUACAGUAAAGAAUAUGAAAUAUGUAGAUUUAAACACUGAAUUUGCAAAAAGUCUUCAUGGAAUUAAGUCCUGAUGGAUUCACUGAGGGUAUGACAUGGCUUUUCCUGUGUUUUGGGAAGCUUGUGAGCUUUAGGCCUCUCCUAAGAUAAUUUUUUGAGGGAAGCCCAAUACCAUGAGUUUUCACAGCAUUGAUAUUUAACUUGUUUUAAUCAGAUGCUGUGCUGAUCUUCUGUUCCAUAACUUGCAUUCUGGCACUUACUAGUCCCAUGAAGGGUUUACUCUGGUAUCAGCUGUGUCAAUAUGUGUUACUAGUAUGUAAAAUAAAAUCAACGAGAUGAAACCA